CCCGGCUCACCCAGCCAGCGACAAUGCUCCUAUUCAGCGCUGUCCCUGCCGCCAGGCCUGUGGGCCAAGGAGGGGGGCUCCUGUUGGCGUCCAGGCAGGGACUAUAGCUGGCCUUUCCUUGUGCUGAGCCUCAGGCUGGGCUGGCUGUACCUUGGGCAGCAUGGAGUGGCCCCAGAGAUUCACCCGUGUCCCCUUGCUGCUGCUGCUACUGCUGUUGCUGGGCCCAGCCUGGCACACAGCCGCCCAGCGCUGCCCACAGCCCUGCAUCUGUGACAAUGCCAGGUGGCACGUUUCCUGUCGCCACCAGAACCUCACUGAGGUGCCCGGCGCCAUCCCAGAGCUCACGCAGAGGCUGGACCUGCAGGGCAACGUGCUGAGGGUCAUCCCCCCGGCCGCCUUCCGGGACCUGCCGCACCUCACACACCUAGACCUGCGGCACUGCCAGUGUGCCCCGGGCUCCCGGCACAGCAGCUGCGAGGGCCGCAGGUUGCAGGCGGUGCCCCGCGGCUUCCCAAACGACACCCAGCUGCUGGACCUGCGUCGCAAUCACUUCCCCUCGGUGCCCCGGGAGGCCUUUCCAGGCCUGAGCCACCUGAUGUCGCUGCACCUACAGCAUUGCGGCAUCGCGGAGCUGGAGUCGGGUGCCCUGACGGGGUUGGACCGCCUCCUCUACCUCUAUCUGUCUGACAACCAGCUCUCUGGCCUCAGCGCUGCAGCCCUCCAAGGGGCCCCCCACCUGGGCUACCUGUACCUGGAGCGCAACCGCUUCCUGCAGGUGCCAGGCGCUGCCCUGCGCGCCCUGCCCAGCCUCGUGUCCCUGCACCUGCAGGACAAUGCCCUGGAGCGCCUGGGCCCUGGGGACCUGGCAGGCGUGCGGGCCUUGCGCUGGCUCUAUCUGGGCAGAAAUCGCAUCACUCAGGUGUCCCCUGGGGCGCUUGGGACGGCUCGUGAGCUGGAGAAGCUGUACCUAGACAGGAACCAGCUUCGAGAGGUGCCCACGGGGGCCCUGGAAGGGCUGCCUGCCCUGCAGGAGCUGCAGCUCUCAGGAAACCCACUCCGGGCCCUGCAUGAUGGGGACUUCCGGCCCAUGGGGCGGUCACUGCAGCACCUCUUCUUGAACAGCAGUGGCUUGGAACAGAUUUCUCCUGGGGCCUUCUCUGGCCUGGGGCCAGGGCUGCAGAGCCUGCACUUGCAGAAGAACGAACUUCGGGCCCUGCCUGCCCUGCCCCGUCUCAUUGGGCUUGAGCUCAUCGACCUCAGUGGCAACCCCUUCCACUGUGACUGCCAGCUGCUCCCACUGCACAGGUGGCUCACUGGGCUGAACCUGAGGGUGGGGGCCACCUGUGCCACCCCUCCCAGUGCCCGGGGCCAGCGUGUGAAGGCUGCAGUUGCUGUCUUUGAAGCCUGCCCAGAUUGGGCUGCCAGGAAGGCCAAACGGACACCAGCAUCCAGGCCAGGGACCAGGAGGACCUCAGUCAAGGGAAGGCCGUGAGGAACUGGCAAGUUUGGCCCAUGUUGGGGGUUCAGGUCGGGACGGAGGGGUCACCUCGGGGUGCAGCGCAGGCCGGCCCUGCCUCGACCCCCGACGGCUCUUACUCUCGU